AUGCUGAUGUGGGAGGCAGUCUUCGUGUUGUACAAGCAGAACAGAGUGCUGAAGGCCUUCAUCAUAAUCGCCUUCGCUGCAGAGAUCAUCUGCAUGAUGGUCUUCAUCAGCUUCGUCAUCAAGGGACAGACAUUCACGUCCGACUGCCUUGCCGCGACGUCACCUCGAAUAUUCAUCGGCUACUGGCUGAGCUCUCUGGUCUUCGAGACGUUCCUGUUUGUGCUCACACUUGCGAAAUGCUAUCGCGGGAACCUGAAGAGGAGGAUUGCUCGCCGACGAUCUGUCAUGUUUCUGUUCUUGCGGGACGGUACAUGGGCAUUUGCGCUUAUAUUUGUCGCCAUGCUGCUCAACACCUUGAUGUAUCAGCUCAAUACAACUCCAAGAGCUGGCAUCGGCUAUCACUGGGAACUUGCAGUCCUAUCUUUCUCUGGCUCGCAUGUCAUCCUCAACAUCCGACGACUGGCGACCCCAGAGUAUCUCUCGCAGACGGAGGUAUCGUCCCUGUGGGAUUGUGCCCCAGACGUGACCCCCGAAAACACAAUACACGAAUGCAGCAGAAACCGGCUUUUGGCUGCGAUCGAGUCGUAGAGACUGCCGCGGGCAGUGGUGCCUAGAGCGCGGUAGUGGGGACGUUCCGUGUUUCAGAGGUUCACGUGGUUUGGUCUCCUGGUGAGCUUUAACGGUACUCUGGAUCAUGGACUUGUACUCGCCGUCUUGGACCAAAGUAGACUAGUGCUACAAUGGAGGCUAAUCUAGACGUCGUUACUAAGUGUACGCGUGCACUUGUAAAGACGUUCAGGUGGAGACAUGACGUCGUCCUUGUACUCUGGCUGAAAGGCUGAUGUCGGGAACUGGUGAAGCAAUACGAUU